AUGGCUCAAGAGGUCAGCGCCAACACUGAUGACAAGUGCAGCGAAGGCAGCAUCUCAUCUCCCACCAACGCCAUCUCGGCCACCAGAAUGACAGGCGCGCUCCGGUUUUUCAACUUGCCCCUCGAGCUACGUGACUCAGUCUACAGCUUUGCCAGCAAUUGUGUUGACCUUGACGGUACUCAAUUUGGACUAUGCGCUGGACGGCUUCGGUUUCGAGUCCUGUCGCCAAAGCUGUGGGGAGUCAGCCGCAGGUUCAAGCAGGAAUACGAGCGCUUACUUCCCCACGAGGUCAAGAUGCGCGCCAUACUAAUGAUCCCAUCGAUGACCAGCACACCCGACAGCAGCACAUCAAUUCCGAAAACACUCCGUAGUCGCCUGACGCAUAUCCGUAAAGCGUAUCUGACAUCCACGGUACAUUCUUUCAUCAAAGGAAUAGUUGGCGCCAACCAGCUCGGCCAAGACGUCGCAAAGCUCUUGAGUCUAAUGCCGACUCUGGAAAGGAUUGAGAUCAAAGUACUCCUCAGCGUCGAGGGCGCAGAGCACCUCCUCGCCUUAGCUUCCGCCCCGACCUCACUCUCGGAACUGGCGAGAUGCGAUCUCGACAGCCCGCUGUUCGCAUGCUGCCCCAAGGAAAUGAUCGCAAACAUUCCUUUCCGCUACGCCCUCACCGUGGCGUGCCCUCUCUUCAGUCCAAACCCAGGUGCGUUCGAUGAUGAUAUCUCUCGGGCCUUGAUGGGGCCAGGGAAUAGCAGCAACCAGAUUUACUUUCUGGCAUCAGCGUCAGAUGGGGGAUACACCUGGCACGGCUUGGAUCUUGAGGUGGACAUGUGUUCGGGCACGUUCGAGAAGGCGCUGGCAAUAGCUCGCACAGCAAAGAAGGACAUCGCGAGAUCGGAUACCUGA